CAUCACUCGACUCCUACACACGAAUUUACACGCCAUGGCCGACACUCACUCCGAUCGCACGAUCAACGUGCUCUUGGCGACUUUCGCUGGUCUCGGACUCCCACGGACACUCUCGCUGCCCACAAAGGCAUCCUCCUCUAUCGGCGAUGUCUACACCUCAGUACUGGACCGUCUGCCAGAUCUGGACGACUCACUGAUAAUCAGCACGGUCUCCAACAAGCAACUCUCGCCCUCAAACGAUGCACCGAUCACUACGCUUCUCAGCUCAUCCGACGACAACUUGCUCUCCCUCCGCCUCAGCCGCAGACUAUGUGGUGGCAAGGGCGGUUUCGGCUCCCAGCUUCGUGCGGCUGGUGGUCGCAUGAGCAGUCGUAAGAACCGCGACCGCAACCAGAACCCUAAUGGAUCCAACAGAAAUCUGGACGGCCGACGACUGCGAACCGUGGACGAGGCCAAGAGGCUGGCGGAGUACCUCGCGAUCAAGCCCGAGAUGGAAAAGCGGGAGAAGGAUGAGCGGAAGAAGAGAUGGGAAGCCGUGGUCGAGGCAGCAGAGCGGAAGGAGGAAGAGAUUCGAAGUGGCAAAGCAGGAGCGAACAGCGGUAGGCUGAAUGCAGAGUACGUUGAAAGCAAAGAGUUGGCUGAGGAGAAGACCCGGGAGGCCGUCUUGAAGGCUAUGCGUGAGCUGCAGAACGAAGGAAGGACAGGCAGUGAGAGUUCAGAGGAUGUGGAAGAAGGCAGUGACGAGGAAGAAGACGAUGGUGGUGAGAGCUCUGGUUCGAGCGAGAAUGUAGCCGCUGAGGGCUCGGCGCAUGCUGGCAGGACGUUCUUUGGCUGGGACGAUGAAGAUGAGGACGAUUCGGAAGAUGACGAGGAGGAGACAGAAAUUGCAAAGGCAUCGCAAUCUGAGCCUGCCUACAAUGGCAAAGGUGUGCCGACAAGUCUCACCAGGUCGGAGAGUUCACCGAUGGAAGAAGAUGCCGGAUAUAAAUGGCCGUCAUCACUCCUCGUUGGUCUCUUCCUUCAGUCAAUAUACAAAGCAACGCAAACGAAGCACCUCGCACUCAGAUUGAUCGCUCGACACACAAAAUACAACAUCAUCAACACUGACCACGCAAUGGCCCUCGUCUACAACUACGCUCCUCCGACCCUAGUGGUCGACCAUCCUCACGACCGUCUCCACCAGCACAACUCAUUCCUCGGCGUUCUGGCUCGCCGCAACGCGGAUCCCAAAGCUCAUCCCAACUAUGCCGACAUGGACAUUCUGGACACCGAAGACUUGUACCGCAUCGAUAUUGAAGUUCCGGGAGUCAACGAUCCGUCGAGCAUCAAGCUCCAGUGGGAGAAUUGGAGAUUCCUGGUUGUGAGUGGCGAGACGAAGAGGAGCUGGGAGAAAGUCGAUGACGGCGAGAAUGAAAUGCAAGAGCAGAGAGUUCCUGACGAUCAGUCGGAUGUGCUGAAUGGCGACUUGCACCGGAUGCCGGCAAAGACAGGUCUGGCAAAGGCAGUGGGCGAAGACAAGAAUGCCCUCCACCGCUCUCAGGCGCACAUUCACGACCGAGACGGCACGCAGGCAGGCGUGUAUUCUAUCUACCCACGUCUUCCGGUUGAAGAGCGGCGUAUCGGGUCGUUCCGGAGAGAGAUUCACUUCGAUGUGGAUGUCGAAAUGGGGAAAUUGAAGGCGAAGCUGCAGGCUGGGCUUUUGACGAUCGAGUUGCCGAAAAAGCAUUACGAGUGCUCGAAGGGUAGGGGCGAGGUCAAGGUCGAGACGGGAUAG